UAAGAUUGAAAAAUUCUCAUAAAAAACAAACUUUCAUUUGCAAACGUGGUUGACUCAAGUGCAAUUAAAAAGUAAAUGCGAAAUUAAACACAAAUUAAUUGAAAAUACAUUAAGAAAGAAUAAUUAGAUUCGUAAAAGACUUUGGUAAAAGUUUACUUUUUUUUUUCAAGUAUAAAGGCAAAAGAUAUUCAAUAUGUUGAUUUGGGCAAGAUUGGCCACGGCAUGUGCCAGAAUUGGAUUUAAGACAAGUCAGCAAGGAGGUUUGAGCCCGCAAGGGCAGCCGGCAAACGUGAAACUCUCAUUACAGACGCGCACACUUCAUACCGGGCUCAGGCUCGCCAAGGAUGACGACGAGAAAUGCAAGACCGAUGAGUCCUUCUUUAAGCCCUUGUGCCCCGACGAUGAUAAGGAGAAGGAAGCAGUUGCUGAAAAAGUAAGCGGCGGUGGAGGAAAAGACGAUUCUUGUGAAGAGGAGGGCGGUGGUAAAGGCAAGCCGGGCGCAGAAGGGUCUGGAACAGCUGUGGGCCAGUUGCUUGGAAAACGCCGCGAGGGCACUAUCCAUGCCGUGAUUGGACCUGUCAUUGAUGUUUACUUUCCGGACGAUGUCCCCGAAGUGCUGAAUGCCAUGGAGGUACAAGAUGCGCCAAUCGGUCGUCUGGUAUUAGAGGUCUUUCAUCAUCUGGGCAAUAAUGUGGUCCGCUGCGUCGCUAUGGAUGCCACAGAAGGGCUUAGGCGUGGCCAGAAAGUUAUCGAUACCGGAUUCCCCAUUCGAGUGCCCGUCGGAAAAAUGGUAUUGGGUCGCAUUGUGAACGUGGUGGGUGAUCCGAUAGACGAGCGCGGCGAGAUCAAGAGCGAGUUUUACUCGUUCAUACAUAAUGAUGCUCCGGAAUUGGUUGAAUUGAAUGUUAAACCGGAGAUAUUGUCGACAGGCAUCAAGGUAAUCGAUCUCUUGGCACCGUAUGUAAAGGGCGGAAAAAUUGGUCUCUUCGGUGGCGCUGGCGUUGGCAAAACUGUGCUAAUUAUGGAGCUAAUCAGUAAUAUUGCCCAAUCGCACGGCGGCUACUCGGUGUUUGUUGGCGCCGGGGAGCGCACACGCGAGGGUAACGAUCUGUAUCACGAAAUGAUCGAGACCAAGGUGAUUUCUCUUGAGGAUGAUACGUCAAAAGUGUCUCUCGUCUAUGGUCAGAUGAACGAGCCGCCGGGAGCGCGCAGUCGUGUGGUUUUGACUGGUCUGACCAUUGCCGAGUACUUUCGGGACAUCGAUGGACAGGACGUAUUGCUUUUUAUAGACAAUAUCUUUCGGUUCACCCAGGCCGGCUCCGAGGUGUCUGCGCUACUGGGUCGAAUACCCUCCGCCGUUGGGUACCAGCCAACGCUCGCCACCGACAUGGGCAUGAUGCAGGAGCGUAUUACCAGCACCAAAAACGGCUCGAUUACAUCCGUUCAGGCGGUCUAUGUGCCUGCCGAUGAUUUAAGUGAUCCGGCGCCGGCCGCUACGUUCUCUCACUUGGAUGCAACUACUGUAUUAUCGCGUCCAAUUGCUGAAUUGGGCAUUUAUCCGGCUGUGGAUCCGCUUGAUUCUUCGUCUCGAGUUCUCGAUCCCGAUAUUGUGGGUGAAGAGCACUAUAAUGUCGCCCGAGCCGUGCAGAAGACAUUGCAGGGCUACAAGUCCCUGCAGGAUAUCAUCGCUAUUCUGGGCAUGGACGAACUCUCUGAGGAGGACAAACUAACUGUGGCACGGGCACGUAAAAUGCAACGUUUUCUCUCUCAGCCGUUCCAAGUGGCCGAGGUAUUUACUGGUACUCCGGGCAAGUCGGUGCCCGUAGAGAAAUCGGUGGAUGGUUUUAAGCGUUUGCUAAACGGGGAAUACGAUGACAUACCGGAAAUUGCAUUCUAUAUGGUCGGCGAUAUAGACGAGGUGUUGGCCAAGGCAAAUCAAUUGGCAGCUACCAUGGGUCCCGAUGGAUCUGCCAAGCCGCAAGGCAAAGAUGACAAAGGAAAGAAGGGUGAGGAAAAAGGUAAGCCUGACGACAAGCAACCUAAAGCCGAUGCUAAGGCAGACGCUAAAGGAGAAGCUAAAGGAGAAGCUAAGGGAGAAGCUAAGGGAGAAGCUAAAGAUUCCAAGGAAAAGAAGCCGGAAAAGGGAAAAGCUGACAAGGACAAGCCCAAAAAUGAGCAACCAAAAUCAGAAGCUAAGGUCAAAAAGGAUGAAUCAAAAGACAAGAAGGAUAAGUCAAAAGACAGGAAGGAUGAACCAAAAGACAAGAAGGAUGAACCAAAAGACAAGAAAAAGUAAAUUUUGUGUUAGCCUUUAUUAUUAUGAAUUUACAAAUAUAAUAGAAAUACCCAUCACAUAUAACAAGUAUACAGAAGAGUUAUUUGUAUAAUGUUUAAAAACUUGAGACAUUUAUUAUUUUGCAAUUA